CUGGAAAGGUAUUUUCUCGCCUUCUCGGCGCGCUACGCCUACGACUGAGCUGAAAGAAGCGGUAGAUCGGCGUUAGCGGCGAGCUAGGGUUCCGGCGAGUGCACCCAAUGGCAUCGGAGGCGGCGCGGCGGCGGCAGGAGAUGGCAGAGGAGGGGCAACGGCACCUGGAGGAGACUAUCGCAGCCUCGUUCCAGAUCCUCGUAUCGAUGAACGACGAGCUCUGCAACGCCGGCCUUUGGUCCUCCUCAUCCGUCUCGGCCACCGCUGCGGCUGGCUACCAGCACCAUCACUCUGCUACUCUUCCGACCCCACACUCUGUAGAUUCCGACGCCGCCGACGCAGGGGGCGCGCCCAGCCCCGGCGGGUCGCUCGACGAGGCGAGGCACCGCUACAAGUCAGCCGUGGCGGCGCUGCGGGCAUCUAUCUCUGCCGUGUCGUCCUGCGCUCAGGACAUUGGAUCAACAGAAUCUGAAGCUGACCAUGCAGAGAUUGAGAGAUUGGAAGAGCAUGCUUCUGCUUUGAGAAAGGAAAUUGAAAGCAAAAACAAGCAAGUAAAACUCCUCAUUGAUCAGCUCCGUGACCUAAUAGCUGACAUAGCAAUGUGGCAGAGCCCUUGCUCAGUGUGAAGUGUCGAAGUUAGAGACCGUAGCCUGGACGUCUGGUAUAGGCAUACUGUGCAUGUUGGUUAACUGACCACUUGGAAGGGAGCAAUAGAUGGAAUAUGACUGGGCUGCACGGGAAAAGAAAAUGAAGCUGUCCAAUGCAGAUAGGGAUGUAAUAUGUUGGACAUGAAUGUUAUUUUGGACACGACUGUAGAUACACGUAUCUUUUUGAAACGUGUGGAUUUUCGCUGUGACGAAAGUCCUGUAAUGUUUUCUUGUGUUUCCUUGAGAAAAACAAUCUAGAAUGAUAUUUGGAUUCUCACAUGCAAUGCACAUUAUUUCUGUUAACU